AUGAAAGAGGUGACGGUUGAAGCUGAUGGAGGCCAGGGAGGCGCACAGGGCGUGCAAGAGGGUGGUAAGGGCACCGUUAGGCCAGACAUACACAACAGGGCCAUGAAAAUUUUGAGGGCAAGAGAGCCUUAUAAUGGGUAUGAGGAAGUGGGAGAGAAGCCCUCAGGGUUUGAAGUUAUGGGGUGGUACCUUUACGAGUUUUGCUUCUACUUUGUUCAAACUGUGCUUGUUCCUGUUGUGUUCCCUCUCAUUAUCAGUCAGCUACAGCGUCUUCCUGCAGAUUCACUUCAGGAAUGGGCCAAAAACCACCCAGCCAAGCACUGCUCACAAAAGGAAAUUCAUCUGUAUAGCAAACUAACAAAUCACACCAUAAGAACAAGUGGUGGAUCAAAUUUCUCCUCUUUGGAGUGGACAUCAAUUGCUUGGGCCACAGGUCUAGCCUUGGCUGCUCCAAUUCUGGGGUUCAUUUCCUUCCACCUUGAUGGCCACUUCCCAAAGCUCAUCACAGCAGCAGCCACAGGCAUUGGAGUGUUCUUCUGCCUCCCUGCAGGCUUCUUCAAAGUCACAGCUAUCUUCGUUCCCUACAUUGCCGGCAUUGUUGCAGCCAGCACAGUUGCUACUGCUGCUCACACCCACCACCUCGGCCUCAUGAUCCGCUGCUUCACAGGACCAACCCUCAAGAGAAACCAAUUCUCCAUCAGACAAGCAGUCUCCGGCAGACUCUCCCUCCACGCCACAGCGGCAGGAUGCCUUGGGGCCGCCAUAAUCUCCUCCUUCACAUACCAUAUGCUCCGGGAACUCAAUGACAACGACCGUGAUGUGAUGAGUCUUUGGGUCGUUUCAAUCUUUAGUGGCUUAAUAUGGCUUGUGGGGGUGUUACACAUUGUCACAUCCAUCAGCAGAACCACUGAUUCCAUCUCUUUCUCCUCGAGGCUCCACCCUUUUUCCAUCUUCAAGUACCCUCAUGCAAUUGGAGGCCUUGCUGGGGUUUUCCUCUCCUCAUUCACCACCAUGUCGAUUUUCACUGGUGGAGUUAUCUUCAUAGUGGGACAACUCUGCAUUAAGCCAUUGCACUUACUCUAUUUCUGGCUAACUUACUUCCUUUUCCCUCUUGUUUCGUUGUCACUACUGCAACCCUUGCUGCACGUGAUCAAGAUGAAUUCUGUGAAAAUGCAAAUAGUGGGGUUCCUUUUGUCACUCUUGUCAUCUGGGUUUGGAUUCUACUAUGGCCACAGCCACUGGAAAUGGGGCCACUUGGUGUUAUUUGGUGCAAUUCAAAGCACAGCAACAGGGAUUCUGUAUGCUUUUGGGAGGCUCUUGGUGUUGGACUGUGCUCCCUCAGGGAAAGAAGGUGCAUUCUCCAUCUGGUAUGCUUGGAUGAGAGCUGCAGGGUUGUGUGUGGGGUUCACGGUGGGGUCAGUGGCGCCGGGGAGAAUUAGGACUUCAUUUGGAGCUGCAUUUUGCACUGCCAUUGCUGGAAUUGUGGUGCUGCUAUUCGGGAACAUCAGCGAUGUUGGAGGUGCUGUUGCUGCGGGGCAUGUCAGAGAUGAAUGUGAGAGAAGUUCGGGUGUGGCUGGCUUGGAUUCUAAAGAAUCUGCACGCGUUUGA